ACUUAAUGCACCAAGAAGAAUAUUCUAGGCUAUCACAAUUACGUCGAUUUUGUAUGAGUUGAUACAAUAAUUUGGCACAAAAAUGCUGCAAUGUUAUAACAGAGGCUGCGGCCAGAUGUUUGAUCCGGCCUUAAACAACGACGAUUCUUGCCGGCACCAUCCGGGCGCUCCGUUCUUUCACGAUGCCUACAAGGGGUGGUCAUGUUGCAAUAAAAAAUCGGUCGACUUCACUGAGUUUCUUAACAUCAAGGGAUGCACUCUGGCCAAACAUUCAAAUAUAAAACCGCCAGAACCAGAAAAACCAGCGAAAGAUGAUAAGGACAGCAAUAAGGAAGAAGUUAUAGAGGUGCGUGCGCCCAUAAGAGAGGCAAUGGAACGCCCGCCAGUAGAUACACCAAUGACAUUGUUGCAUGCAACAGUGGCCCCGGCGUUAAAAAAUGCCAUUGACACUCUUCAAGUAUCCGUUACAAGUUCAAAAACAGAAAAUGUCACAAGCGAAAGCGGUGUUACUAUUGGAACUACUUGCAAGAACAAUUCUUGCAACUAUGUCUACACGGGUACAAAUUCCGAUUUCGGCGAAUGUACGUAUCAUCCUGGAGUGCCCAUUUUUCAUGAGGGGAUGAAGUUCUGGUCAUGCUGCCAAAAGCGUACUUCAGAUUUUGCGCAGUUUAUGGCGCAGCCAGGCUGUGUUUAUGGACAGCACAAAUGGGUGAAAGAGGACGAAGAUAAAAAAGUUGUAAAUUGCCGAUAUGAUUGGCAUCAAACUGCGACGAAUGUAAUUGUAUCUAUUUAUGCCAAGAAAUACCAUUAUGCAGAAAGUCUAAUUGAAGUUAAUCCUGUGCGCCUACACGUAAACUUAGUUUUCCCCGAGCAGGAAAAUGCAAAGUUUGACAUAGAUCUCGAGUUGCGUGGAAUCAUAAAUGUGCAGAAGGCGACAGCACAAAUGCUUGGCACAAAAGUGGAAAUAACGCUACCCAAGCUGGAGCCGGGCUCUUGGCAAAACUUGAAUUUCCCACGAGACAAAAUGCCAGCCGCGCAAAAACCCACUGCCAGUGGACCUAGUAAACACCAAAUUGAUUCAUCUGAUGAGGAAUAUUUUGAUUUGGAUGAUAUUCAACCUGUGCAGAGCUAUGGCCUUAAGUUGUCCGAGUUGAGCCUAAACAAAGAUAAUAAACUGGAGCUGGAUUGACGCCAUAAAUAUAAUAUGGAUCAUUGUUUGCUUAUGAAUAACUUUAAGUUCGUUUGGUAAUGUGCUAUUCUCACUCAAUCUUCAUCAUUAUGGACUUUUAGUCCACAUAUUUAUUAAUUUUUAUAUAAAUGCAAUUUUUAUAUGAACCCGUGGAAAGCUAUGACCUAAAAAUGCUUAAGUUCAGCCAAAAAAGAAAUUUAAUAAAUUGCAGCUGAAUUGAUGCCAUAAUCAUAA